AUGCAGAUCUUCGUUAAGACCCUCACCGGAAAGACUAUCACUCUCGAGGUCGAGAGCUCCGACACUAUCGACAACGUCAAGGCCAAGAUCCAGGACAAGGAAGGGAUCCCACCGGACCAGCAGCGUCUAAUCUUCGCCGGAAAACAGCUCGAGGACGGCCGGACCCUCGCUGACUACAACAUCCAGAAGGAGUCAACCCUCCACCUCGUCCUCCGUCUCCGUGGUGGCAUGCAGAUCUUCGUCAAGACUCUCACCGGCAAAACCAUCACCCUCGAGGUCGAAAGCUCCGACACCAUCGACAACGUGAAGGCUAAAAUCCAGGACAAGGAAGGGAUCCCGCCGGACCAGCAGCGACUGAUCUUCUCUGGAAAACAGCUCGAGGACGGCCGGACUUUGGCGGAUUACAACAUCCAGAAGGAGUCCACCCUUCACUUGGUGUUGCGUCUUCGUGGUGGUAUGCAAAUCUUCGUGAAGACUUUGACGGGUAAGACAAUUACCCUCGAGGUUGAGAGCUCCGACACCAUAGACAACGUCAAGGCCAAGAUUCAGGACAAAGAGGGGAUCCCGCCGGACCAGCAGAGGCUAAUCUUCGCCGGAAAGCAGCUGGAGGAUGGCCGGACUCUUGCGGAUUAUAACAUCCAGAAGGAGUCCACCCUUCACCUAGUGCUUCGUCUCCGCGGUGGUUUCUGA